AGUCGUUCGUCUGGCAGUCUUAGUCUUUAAAAUCAGUCUGUCUGUCCCGAGCACAGGAAGCGCUCUUGCAUUUCAUUUGAAUUCGUUGAAAAGUAUUCCGCCAAAAAUCUCCAUUUCAACAUAUUUUGUUAAACCUUUGUUUGUUCACCUCUUCGAUGGAUCGCGCUGUUGGCAAUUUCGAGAACAAGUUCAAGUGCCUGAUGAAGGCCGAGGCCAAGGGCAUGGCCCUGAAGCUGGUGGGAUUCUACGCCGUCGGCUGGACCCUGCGCAAGUUGGUCAAGUGAAGAGCUCCGCGUGCCAAGCAAGCCCUUAGUCGUUUUCUGUUUAUGUCCACCUUUUCAAAUUCCAUGUACGAAUAAAUCGCGGUCUUACCUCAAAAUCA